GGGGCGCCGGGCUGGGGGCGCGGAUCACCCCGCGGGGGGCCCGCCGGCCCGGCCUCCUGUGCAGAGCAGUUUUCUCCAACUCUCCACCUCCGCAUCAUUGGGGCCCACCGCUGCCAGGAGACCCUGUCCGGAUCUGCCCAAGAAAGGAGUGUCGUGAAAAAGGAACAGAAAAGAGACGUCAUUGUUGGUGAAAGGGGAGUUUUCUCUCCCAGUUGGUGGUUACUUCGUGACUGGAAGAGAAGUACCUAGGUGGCUGAAGAGAUUCGAUUUUUCUAGUUGUUCAGAUGAAGCUGAUAAAAGAAGAGACGUGGAAAUGCUUUCUUUCGGUCCUAAUAGGCUGAUGAGUAAGAAGGCCUGAAAGAGACAGAUUCGGAAUAAGGGCAGGGAUUUUGAGUGUUUUAAAACCAAGGAGGACUGUGAACACUUGUUGAGGAUGUUUUUCUCCCAGAAUGGAAGAAGAAAGAAUUCUGAAAGCAAGAAGUAUAAAAAGUUGAGAGCAAUAACAACCGAGCCCAUCCCAAGACUUUUAGUAUUCCUCACCUUCUCUGGGCAAACACACACAAGGGCAUCGUACAUGCAUGGUGAUCACGGUGCAGGUCAUGGUUUCCUGUGCUGGGAAUGACUUCUUAAUUUGGAUUUUGGAGCGCUUUUUCUUCUUCGGACAAUGUGUGUUUUGACUCUUCAUGGUAGAUAGAUUUAUGCAAAGGAAGUAAAUCCUGAAUUCAUAGUAUAUUUGACUCUCUACCACUGUUUGCUGUGUGAUAGGGAAAAGCUAGAGCUUUUAACAUUCCUUGAAGUUUUAUUGGAAGCAAAACUGUGUCGGGGACACAGAUAAACAGUGUAAGUUUUCUCUUUUUGGCAACUGUACUUGCUUUGACUGAGCCGAAUGUCAGCUGGAUUUCACAGCAUAAGCGAUUUAUAGUCUUUGUUUUAUCAAGGCCUUAAAUGUAUGUUUUAUACGAAGCAGCUGGGAAACACAUUGAGCACGCUGUUUGACAUGAAUGCCUAAGGAAAGGAACUCCCCGAUGGAUCAUGGCGUUAAUGUUUACAGGACAUUUCUUAUUUUUAGCAUUAGUGAUGUUUGCUUUCUCGACUUUUGAGGAAUCUGUAAGCAAUUACUCUGACUGGGCAGUUUUCACAGAUGAUCUAGAUCAGUUUAAGACGCAGAAGGUGCAAGAUUUCAGACCCAGCCAAAAGCUGAAGACAAGUAUGCUUCAUCCAAGUUUAUAUUUUGAUGCCGGAGAAAUCCCAGCAAUGAGACAAAAGUCUCGCACAAGCCAUUUGCAUCUUUUUAGAGCUAUCAGAAGUGCAGUGACAGUGAUGCUGUCCAACCCGACGUACUACCUACCUCCACCCAGGCAUGCUGAUUUUGCUGCCAAGUGGAAUGAAAUCUACGGUAACAACCUGCCUCCGUUAGCACUGUACUGUUUGUUAUGCCCAGACGACAAAGUGGCCUUUGACUUCGCCUUGGAAUAUAUGGACAGGAUGGUUGGCUACAAAGACUGGCUCGUUGAGAACGCUCCAGGGGAUGAGGUUCCAGUAGGGCAUUCCCUAACAGGCUUUGCCACUGCCUUUGACUUUUUAUAUAACUUCUUAGACGAUCAUCGAAGACAAAAAUACCUGGAAAAAAUCUGGGUGAUUACUGAGGAAAUGUAUGAGUAUUCCAAGGUCCGCUCAUGGGGCAAACAGCUUCUCCAUAAUCACCAAGCUACUAAUAUGAUAGCGUUAUUCACCGGGGCCUUGGUGACCGGGGCAGAUAAAGGAGCUGAAGUGAAUUUAUGGAAACAGGUCGUAGUGGAUGUGAUGGAAAAGACGAUGUUUCUGCUGAACCACAUCGUCGAUGGCUCUUUGGAUGAAGGUGUGGCCUAUGGAAGCUACACCGCGAAAUCAGUCACGCAGUAUGUUUUUCUGGCCCAGCGCCAUUUUAACAUCAACAACUUGGAUAAUAACUGGUUAAAAAUGCACUUUUGGUUCUAUUAUGCUACCCUUUUACCAGGCUUCCAAAGAACUGUGGGCAUAGCAGAUUCCAAUUAUAAUUGGUUUUAUGGUCCAGAGAGCCAGUUGGUGUUUUUGGAUAAGUUCAUCUUAAAGAACGGGGCGGGAAAUUGGUUGGCUCAGCAAAUUAGAAGGCACCGACCUAAAGAUGGCCCGAUGGUCCCCUCCACGGCCCAGAGGUGGAGUACUCUGCACACUGAAUUCAUCUGGUACGAUCCCCAGCUCACUCCACAGCCGCCUUCUGAGUACGGUAUUGCAAAAAUGCACACGUUCCCCAACUGGGGUGUUGUCACCUACGGGGCUGGGUUGCCAAACACACAGACCAACACCUUUGUGUCUUUCAAGUCUGGGAAGCUGGGGGGCCGAGCCGUGUAUGACAUCGUCCACUUCCAGCCGUACUCCUGGAUUGAUGGGUGGAGAAGCUUUAACCCAGGACACGAGCAUCCAGACCAGAACUCAUUUACUUUUGCCCCCAACGGACAAGUGUUUGUGUCCGAAGCUCUCUAUGGACCCAAGCUGAGCCACCUGAACAACGUGCUGGUGUUCGCCCCAUCGCCCACAAGCCAGUGUAAUAAGCCCUGGGAAGGUCAGCUGGGAGAGUGUGCACAGUGGCUCAAGUGGACCAGUGAGGAGGUUGGGGACGCCGCAGGGGAAAUCAUCACUGCCUCUCAACACGGGGACAUGAUAUUUGUGAGCGGGGAGGCCGUCUCCGCUUACUCUUCAGCCAUGAAGCUGAAGAGCGUGUACCGCGCGCUGCUUCUCUUAAACUCUCAGACUUUGCUGGUGGUUGAUCACAUUGAGAGGCAAGACGAUUCCCCAAUAAAGUCUGUCAGUGCCUUCUUUCAUAAUCUGGAUAUUGACUUUAAGUACAUCCCCUACAGGUUUAUGAACAGGUAUAAUGGCGCCAUGAUGGACGUGUGGGAUGCACACUACAAAAUGUUUUGGUUUGAUCAUCGUGGCAGCAGCCCCGCGGCUAGCAUACAGGAAGCAGAGCAAGCCGCUGAAUUUAAAAAGCGGUGGACUCAAUUUGUGAACGUUACCUUUCAGAUGGAGUCCACGCUCACAAGAAUCGCGUAUGUCUUUUAUGGGCCCUAUGUCAAUGUUUCCAGCUGCAGAUUUACCGACAAUUCCAACUCUGGACUUCAGAUUUCGCUCAAUGUCAAUAAUACUGAACACGUGGUUUCCAUCGUCACUGACUAUCACAACCUGAACACAAGGUUCAACUACCUGGGAUUUGGUGGCUUUGCCCAUGUGGCUGGUCAGGGCCAAAUAACCCAAUUUGGUUUGGGCACUCAAGCAAUAGCACAGCCCGUAAGACAUGACAGAGUCAUUUUUCCCUUCGGAUUUAAAUUUAAUAUAGCGAUUGGCUUGAUUUUGUGCAUUAGCUUGGUGAUUUUAACUUUUCAGUGGCGGUUUUACCUGUCUUUUAGAAAGCUGAUGCGAUGGAUCCUCAUUCUUGUUAUUGCCUUGUGGUUUAUUGAGCUGCUGGAUGUAUGGAGCACUUGUACUCAGCCCAUCUGUGCAAAAUGGGCAAGGACGGAGGCCGAGCCCAGCACCGAGUCUUCAUCUCCCCAAGGGCACCGCAUCGACCUCCCCAAUGUUGUCAUUACCUCACUUCCUGGUUCAGGAGCUGAAAUUCUCAAACAACUUUUUUUCAACAGUAGCGAUUUCCUCUACAUCAGGGUUCCCACAGCCUACAUGGAUCUCCCUGAAACUGAACUUGAGAUCGACUCGUUUGUAGACGCUUGCGAAUGGAAGGCACCGGAUAUCCGCAGUGUGCACUUCCGUUUGCUGCGAGGCUGGUUACAGUCCUUAGUCCAUGACACUAAACUGCAUUUGCAGAACAUCCAUCUGCAUGAACCCAGUCGGGGCAAACUGGCCCAAUAUUUUACAGUGAAUAAGGACAAAAAAAGGAAACUGAAAAGGAGAGAGUCUUUGCCAGAAAAAAGAAGUAGAAUGAAAGGCGCCUUUGAUAGAGAUGCUGAAUAUAUCAGGGCUUUGAGGAGACACCUGGUUUACUACCCGAGCGCCCGGCCUGUGCUCAGCUUAAGCAGCGGGAGCUGGACCUUAAAGCUUCAUUUUUUUCAGGAAGUCUUGGGAGCCUCGCUGAGGGCAAUGUACAUCGUCAGGGACCCUCGGGCAUGGAUUUAUUCAAUGCUGUACAGCAGUAAACCAAGCCUGUACUCUCUGAAGAAUGUACCAGGGCACUUAGCCAAACUGUUCAAAGUAGACGGAGGGAAAGGCAGAUGUAGCUUGAAUGCGGGCUACGCUCCAGAAUAUGAAUCGUUAAGGAAAGAAUUAUCCAAAUCCAAGUCAGACGCGGUCUCGCUGUUGUCUCAUUUGUGGCUGGCAAACACAGCAGCAGCCCUGAGAGUAAAUGCGGAGUUGCUGCCUACCAGCUACCACCUGAUCAAGUUUGAAGACAUUGUGCAUUUUCCUCAGAAAACCACUGAAAGGAUUUUUGCCUUUCUUGGAAUUCCUUUGUCUCCGGCUAGUUUAAACCAAAUAUUGUUUGCCACCUCCACGAACCUUUUCUAUCUUCCCUACGAAGGGGAGAUAUCACCAAGUAAUACUAAUGUUUGGAAACAGAACUUGCCUAGAGAUGAAAUUCACCUGAUUGAAAACAUCUGCUGGACACUGAUGGACCGUCUAGGAUAUCCAAAGUUUAGAGACUAAAUGCUGCAGGUCAGCAGAGAUUUGCACUAAAUGCUUCCCAACCCAGUUGGUGGCCAUGAAUUAGAAGAGUGUGUUUAUUCUCGUACUCUGUGUGCGUGUGUGUGUGCGUGUGUGUGUGUGUGUGUGUGUGUGUUACUUGCUCAGAGAGAUUAUUUUAAAAAUAGGCACCAUAGUUGGCCUAGCAGGAUUAAUUUUUAUGGCACCACUUUUCCUUACCUUUGUUUCUGAAUUUUUUUUUCUGCUAAUAUGUUCCCUCUACAGAGGUGUAGAUGAAGUUAUAUUGUGGUCAGGGGAACUAGGGAGGUUUGAAAGGUGUUUGUCUCACUCCAGCUUUCAUCUGCAACUUUGCUGAUCUCUCUUGGAACCUCAAACACUGCUAAAGUCCUUGCCAUUGUUGCUUCGCCCAAGCACCUCUUGCUUUCAAGAUGGACUACAAAAGUUCCUUUUCAAAAAGUUCUAAUACGUUUACCCUGCACCAAAAAAACCCCACAAAAAACAAACAAAAAAACCCUUCACCGUGUAUAGUGUUCAGUGAUAUCACUGGGGAAAUAGUGAAAGCUCCUAUCAGAACUCAGAACUAUAGGAUUCCUUCUGGAAAAUACACUUGAGAAUACAGACGGGAUUUUUUUUUUUCUUGCAAGUGACCUGAAAACCCUCCUUAACGUUUUCCGCUUUGAAGGAAUAAGAAAAUAGUCUUUAAAUAAUCUGUGUCCCGAGGGCUGGUGGAGACAUUUUCAACCUGCUUGUCUGUUUAAAACUCUCCCUGCUCUUUUUUGCCUCGAACCUACAGCUGCUCACCCUCACACCACUCCCACUCUCCUUUCUUUCACUGCCACGCAAAACAAUCCGUAGUUAGUAAUUGCUGAACUCCCAAUAUUUGUGGGGAUUUUUUCCCCCUCCGAUGAUGCAGUUUGCAUGAAAGCCUGGCACAGACUCAGAAUCCAAUUUCUUUUUGUGGAACUAUCACUGUAUGACUCAAAGGAAGCGCUGCCCCUUCUGCCAGUGUUUUUUUAGACUGGAAUCGGAAUUGGAAAACUGCCUGACUUAUCUUGCCUCCCUUUGAAUGAGACUGCCACAGACUGCCAGUGUCUGCAAAAGUUGAACGCAAAUGGGAGAUGAUGUCAGAGGCAUCUGUUUCCUUUGCCAUCUGCAUCUUAUUAUACAUGUAGUCGUCAUAAAAUGUGGCUCAUUUUCUUUUGGUCGGCUCUGAAAUCAAAAUGCUACCCCAUUAGAAGCCAGUGGAGUAAUUACAGUGUAUUGGAUGAAAACCAUUAGGCAGUGUCGAGACUUGAUGAAAAUCUCUGUACAGAUUGCAGUCCUCCUGAUGUUUCAAACUGUCGUUCCCCCAAGCUCUCUAACACUUGGGAGUCUGUCAUUCUGACCUAGAUAAAAGUGGUUCUUUCUCAGUAGUUUGUUAUCGUGUCAAAAACGUGCCUGUAGAGUGAUAAAGCUGUGGAUAUGUUACAUUCCAGUUAAACCUAACUUGGCUGUCAUUUUCCCCCCCAUUCUGAUGUGAAUACAGACAGUUCCUCCUCCCCAAUAUCUGCUUCUUCACAGAGCUCUCACUGCUUUCUCUCUACAGUGUCAAAAUGAAUGCUAAUCAUAUUAAUAUAGGUUGAGAGGGCAACUGAACACCUGAAUCUACACUGUUAAUUUUCAAGGAAGAUGGUUCUUCCUAUCUCAGGGUUAUCAACAAGCGUGUACAAUUGCUCCGUGGGUGAUAACACUAUUUCCAUUAUUGGUCAGAGGCUCCGUGUUUGCUUUCAAUUCCCAGGAUGUGUGAUCUUGAAUGAGAUCCAAUAAAAAGGCUUUGGGGUGGCAGAGUAUUAGGUCUGACCAAGGUAAGAAUUAGCCAUGUGUGCAGGUAACCAAGAAGAAAGCAGGAGCUAUACCACUGCUUCUCUUUUAAAAUUGUACAGAAACAUGCCCACAGGCCGAUAAGAGCCAGGUUGAGUAUGUGGAGGAAUUGGGGGAGAGGUAGGGAAAAUGACAAAGAAGUUCUGUGAAUGAAUAUGGGAACAUGUUAUUAUUGAUAGCUAAAGAAGGGGACACGCUUAACGAAGUGACCUGCACAGGGUAUCCUAACUUGCACCCCCCACAUGGCAAUAUCGAAUUUCCUCCAUCUCUACUCCCCCACUGCCAUCCCAAGGGAAAGUUUGCCAGAGGAGAAGACCUAUUCACAGAUUCCUCUGUGAGAGAUGGUCUCCGUGGGUGAGAGAUGGCAUAGCCACCACACAUGCAUGCAUAUGUCAUACUUGGGUCCCCCCCACUGUCCCCUCAACAUCUAAGGUGACUGGCCCUCCUGUAACAUCCAGGUACUAUACUCUUAGGGUAUUAUCCUAUGAAAAAUUUGAAGAAACUCCACUGAUCUUGAAAGUAAAGCAACGAUGAUCAGGAUGUGACACUUUUAAAGGAAACGCUUAUAAAACGUCCUGUCUGUAAAAUCAAUCCAUUUCUUCAUUAACUUCCCCAAACUUAGGCCCCAUUGGGAUAAAAGCUUCUAUUAAAAUAAGGGCAUUUAAAUCUUGAGACUUUGAAAGAAUGUGUUCAGUUUGUGGACAAAAGUAACACAAGUAACUAGAGUGGUAGUAACCUGGUUUUCAAAGGUGAAAUAAUGCGGGUUACUCACUCAGGAUGAAAUAGGCCAUAUCCAGAGUUGGAUUUACUGUAAUGGAAAUUUCAGGAAAGAUAGGAAAUGGGAGAAUCUGUUCAGGAGAAGGAAGAUCAAUCUAUAAAUAUGCUUUAAUUUAUAGAAACAUGGAGAGGAACAUGUUUUAAGGAGAUGACACAAGAAUACACACACGUUAAUCCUGGAGCCCAUGCAUUAGACAUUUGAUUAGCUGGCUGUUUUGAAAGAGAAGCAUUAGUAAAUGUCUGGCAAGAAUGGGAUAAUUAUGUCAAAUCCUCAAGGCAUGGCAGACGAUCCACCCUCAGCAAAUAUAUAUAUAAAAAAAGAACCUGUCCACACACGAGUAUGUUUUGAAAUAUCACCCCUCCUCUCUGCCACUUAGUUUUGAUUGGCACCCCUUAUCAGCGGAGGUUUUGAUGCAUCAAAAUAGAUCCUAGACAUUCUUGAUGCAUAAAGUAUAUCACAUCUGAGUAGAUAUGAACAACAGUUUUUAAAUUGCCAUGUUUGAUUGGCUUGACUAACUGAUAAUUAGAAGAAUAUUCACUGAUUAUCUUAGGGAAAACUUAAUAGAAGGCAGUAUGUUUUAACACCACUUCUAGAGGAAAGGGGGCUUAAUAGUCGAAGAUAGAUCCAGGAAUUUAACCUGUGAGCUAUUUACUGCUUAUUUUAAUGACCAAAGUAUGUUUACUCUAAAAAUAGCUGCUAAGGCCAUUUUUUUUCAGUACUUGACUAGUAUUUCCCUUCAUGUUGGAAGAAAAAUCCAAAUAAUAUUUUAAGAACUAAAUGAGUAAUUUUUUUUGCACAAAAGAUAGGAGCUUCAAUAAAUUCUAACGUUCUCUAACUUGUAAAUACUUGAGCUAUAAUUUGUAUGAGCUUAUGAUGUAUUUAGUCCCAGCAACAUGUUUAAUUGAUGCUGUUUCUAAAGAUAGGUUCACCUAAGGCUUCCAAACAAUGGAGGUUUUUGUUUUUUUUAACCCUUUCCAGUUAUGCCACAAAGAAACCAUCUACCGACAAUCAUAAACUAGUUUAUUGGAACUAUAUGUAUAACAAGACUCCUCUAUUCAUAAAUCAAUAAAAAUCUAAAAGCAA